AUGGUGCCCAUAACCCCGGAACACAGGGCACGGCACCUUACUCGACCGCUUUUGGCGCUCCGUGUGGAAGAGCUUAAACGGGUCUUGAGAGAUUUCAGUUCACUCUUUGGUGGAUUACGGCAAACGAAGGGGACCAAAGCUGUAUUGGUGGCACGCAUUGAGAGCAUCGUGGAGACAAGGCUAGCCAACAAUGAGACAAACAGGAUCCUACCGGCUCUCAGGAUAAUGAAUCGGCAUAGUCCUCUAUCACAAUGGGUGUAUCAUAAUCAGACCGUAUACAACAUGCGCAUGCUUAGUCAAGAAGAAAAAUCAAGGAUUCCUCAAAGUGCGCUUCAAGCAACUCGUCCAGAACCAAUAUCACCUGCUGACAGCCUUCGUGUCCAAGCAUCACAAUAUACCAAUCGACCAUCAUCACAACGACCAAUCUCACAGCAAGGUUCACCCCCAACCGCUCCACCGAUCGCAUAUGCACCCAACGUCCACUUUAUACCAAAUGAAUUUUAUCGUCCCUUGGUGCGUGUCACAACACCGUUGAUCUGUUAUGAAUCAUAUACUGGAGCAAGAAAGCGAGUAAUCAAAUUCAAGCUUAUCCAAGAGCAUCAGGACAUAUUGGCAAAACCUCAUCACGAACUUCGUCUCACGUGUGGUGUCCUGAAAAAGAGCUACAACCUGCAUCAAGUUGUUCCUUUGGAAUAUCCACCUGUAUGCGAACUUUUAGUCAACGGUCAGCGUGUUGGCAUUCCAGGUAUUCGUGGUUCGAUCAGUAAGCUUCCAGCAGCAGUGAAUCCACCCAACAUCACCAAGUUAUGCAAGAUCAAUGGCGACAAUACAAUCGAUGUGACGUAUGGAUGUGCAGUUCAGAAAUAUGCGAUAGCUGUUGAGAUCGUGGAACACAAAUCAGUCCCAAUGCUCGUCCAAGAAAUGCGAGAAUCUCGUUUGUUAUUGAAGCAGCAGGUCAUACAGCAAUAUCAACAACAGCGACAGGAUGCCGACAUCGUACUAGAAGCGGAAAUGCUAUCUCUAAAAUGCCCGCUUGGGUUUACACGCAUUACAGCUCCAUGUCGAUCAAGAUCAUGCCGUCAUAUGCAAUGUUUCGAGGCGACUACAUUUUUAUCGAUGAAUGAGCAAACACCAACAUGGACGUGCCCCGUUUGCAACCGCAAAAUCAAUUCGAUUCAGGAUCUGGUGAUUGAUGGAUAUUUCGAUGACAUUUUAUCGACAGUGGGUGAAGACGUUCAAAGUGUUCGCAUCGACCCUGAUGGCCAGCUACAGCUCUUGGAAGAUAACAACACGGAUGCAAAGUCUUUUGAAACCUCCGUACGGGAUACGAGUGAGAGUGCAGUUAUUAUUCUUGAUGACGAUGACGAUGAAGUGGAUACAACGCCGGCACAGGAACCUGGCAUUGGCGAUAAAAGACCCCAUGAAGAUGAUGUUGCUAUCGAUUCCGCCACUCGACAAAGAACGGACGUUCAUCCACAGGUGAUUGAUCUGACAUUGAGUGAUGAUGAAGAAGAGGUCGAUGCUGCACAAGGACAACAACAACAACAACAACAACAACAACCAUUGACAACAAUGCCGCCAUCCUCGUCAUCAACAACACAAACUUUAAUAACAUUGCAUUUACCAGCCCCCGGUACAGCCAUAUAA